AUGGCUUCGGGUUCUGCUACAAGUGCAGGUUCAUCAUCUGCAAUAUCGUUCCGGACUAUGAACUUGGCAAACAUUCCUGUUCUCAUAGGGGGAAGCAACUACAAGAAAUGGAGACGUGAGAUUGGGCUCUUAUUGACACUCAAUGACUUUGACAUAGCCCUUGAAACUCCCAAGCCGAUUCUGACUGAUCAAAGUACAAGGGCUGAGAAAGCUGAUGCAGAGAGAUGGGUCAGAGCAAACAAAGUGGCACUUUCUAUACUUGAAAGUGCCAUGACUGAUACUGUUCGCGGUGGAAUCAAGAAGCAUGAACUAGCUAUUGAUUAUUUACAAGCAAUUGAAAGAAAGUUCAAAGAAUCUCAGAAGGCAGAAAUCAGUCACUAUAUGGCAAUGCUGACCACAUACAAGAUUGAGGGCAUAGGGUCAAUCAGAGACCAUAUCUUGAAAAUGACUGAUGCAGCUGAGAAAUUAAAUUCUUUAGAUGUUAAUAUUGGUGAAAAACAGUUAGUUUUUAUGAUCCUUCAAGCUCUUCCAAACAAAUAUAGUCAGUUAAAGGUGUCUUACAACACUCAAGACAAGAACUGGGAUGUUGAUGAGCUAAUAGCACAGUGCGUUCAAGAAGAGGCUAGACAGAAGCAAGAAAGAGGGAAAGAAACUGAAACGGUGCAUUUUGUGCAACCAGACAAGGGGAAGAAAUAA